AUGACCCUCUACAUGCUCCACAAGACCUCUUCUUUGUAUCUACCAACUUCUCCCUCACAAACUCAAAAUCACAACGAUCCAGAACCACCACUCCGAGAUAACCCUUCCCUUUGCUAUGUUCGCAUCGAGUCCAUAUGCAUUAUCAUGAAUUCAUACGACCCGCGACUGCAGGACCUGUUCGACGGUGAUCCGGACCUCUAUGAAGAUUACCACCAGGACUACAAGCAAGGCGUUAUUCAAACAUCUACCCGCAUAGGAGUCAUCAUAUCCUUGAUACUCUGCUGUGCUCCAAUCAUCUAUCAUAUACUUUCGAUCCUCGACUACGACGUGCUACCUCUCCCAGAGCUCUUGUGGAAUAUACUGGUCUACGUCACGCCGUCACGCCUACUUGAUGCGAUUGAAUCUUACCAGAACCCACUCCGAGUUACGAACCCAGCGUUGAAGGAUAUCCCGAGGACUCAUGCAGAAAAGAGUGAGACAAUGCGGCGUGUACUUGGCUUGGACAGACCGGGGGGCAUAAUUGAGUCUGUUGCGCAAGCCGGGAGGCGAAGGCUGUCUACCCUCCCAGGACUCAACCUGAGCGCACAUGGAGAUGGAAGACCAGCGGGUUUGGGAAAUUGGGAUAACUCCUGUUAUCAGAACAGCGUCCUCCAAGGGCUGGCGUCGCUGGACACAUUAUCAGGAUAUCUCACAAACCCUACGAUUGAGGACCCGGUAGAAGGAGUGGAGAAACCGGAUAUGAAGAUGGCAGAAGCUUUGGGAGAGCUCAUUGCGACACUGAACGACCCCUCGAAUAAUGGAAGGCGGAUAUGGACACCCGCCACACUGAAGAAUAUGAGCAGCUGGCAACAGCAAGACGCACAAGAGUAUUUCUCCAAGGUACUCGAUGAGAUAGACAAGGAGGUGGGAAAUGUAGCGAAGUUGAUGCAGACUUCCCAAGGAUUGGAGUCGGAUGGCUCGACAAGAUCAGGUUCACAGACCCAGGAGCCGUCACAAAUAUCCACAUUUCGGAAUCCGCUUGAAGGCUUGAUCGCACAACGAGUGGGAUGCAUGAAGUGUGGGUAUUCAGAAGGGCUCUCCAUGAUCCCUUUCAACUGUUUGACAGUUCCUCUGACAAGAUCAUGGGAGUGUGAUGUCUCGGAAUGUUUGGACGAAUAUACAAAACUCGAGCAGAUCGAAGGGGUUGAAUGUGGCAAGUGUACGCUACUUAAAUACCAAAGACUACUCCGGAUUCUCGUCGACAAGCAGAAACCGCCUGUGUCUGACGAGAAAACUCACACGCAAGUUGUCGAUAGGCUGGCAAGUAUUGAGACUGCAUUGGAAGAGGACGACUAUGAAGAAAAAACCCUGGCAAAGAAACUCAACAUCAUUUCCAAGAACCGAGUGUCUUCUACCAAAUCACGACAGGCAGUUAUCGCGCGGCCUCCAAAGUCACUCGUCGUUCACUUCAAUCGAAGUAUCUUCGACGAAAUGACAGGCGAGUUGAAAAAGAAUCUCUCACAUGUCAAAUUUCCCCGAGUCUUGGAUCUAGGGCCCUGGUGUCUUGGGAGUUCAGGAUUGACUGACGACGUGACGACCGAGGAAUGGCUAUUGAACCCCGACAAGCCUAUGAUCGCUAGCACCAAAAGGCCAUCGAGACUGCACGGUCCCACUUAUGAGCUCCGAGCCGUAGUGACGCAUUUUGGACGACAUGAGAAUGGCCACUAUGUUUGCUACAAAAAGGUACCUGUCUUGGACUUGGCGGACACGCAGAAUGACGAGAAAUCCCCACACAAAGAGCAGUGGUGGAGACUGAGUGAUGACGAUGUUACGAAAGCGAGCGAGGAUGCCGUUCUCGGCCAAGGAGGUGUUUUCAUGUUGUUCUACGACUGCAUUGAGCCUGGCACCACCAAAGCACCGGAAGUCGACAUAUCAGAGAAAUGUGAAGUCGCCCAUGAUGUGGUAGUACCAGCAACUAUCAUCUCAAGCAGCAGAGUCACAGACGUGCCAAUUCUGCCGGACUUAUCUGCGGCAGCUGGGAUCCCUUUACCUGAAGCAGACGACGAAGAUCUCUCUCAAAGCGACGAUCAGGACUCCCUUCCCACAACUCGAGAGGAGAGCAUUGCAACAAGCGUCUCAGAGUACGAUGAGGAAGACGUCUCCGGUCAAGACCUUGAGGACUAUCAGCCUGCAAAGGCAAUUGUGGUCCCGCCUUAUAUCAAAAAGGCGGGUGACAGCCCCACAAAUGGAGAUCAGAAGAUUCUAUCUCCUGGAGGUUCUCUCGUCAUGGUCUGA